ACGGCUCGGGAGGAGGGAUGGAGAGUGUGAGUGCGAGCGCUCGCAUCCUAAUCUUCCUGUUCAGCAUCUCUGUGGCUGUCUGGAUGAUCCCUCUCUCUCUUCUCCAUGUUUAAACUCAGGCCGGAUACUCCGUCUUUUUGGGAGACUUUACUUUUUUCUUAAACAGAGGGACUAAUUUGAUGCCAAGUCAGCAUAAUUUCGACGGCUCAGCAUGUGGCCCAUUGAGAGCGCCAAAAAUCAAAGGUGAUUAAAAGUGUCCAACAGCCAUCCUUACAGCCACACUCAAGAGACCCAUUGCUGACUGGAGGUUCUUCAGCUUGAUUUCUUUAGCAGUAAACACGCAAGCAGAUCAAACACGUACCAAAGCAGCUACGGAUUAUGCACAUAUAGGCUCCGACUUGAAAUUUAGCUAAGAACAUCUCUGAAACCAUGGCGGACCCAUACCAAAACAACAUUUACCACCAGGGAGAUGGAGACAGUUAUGGGACGUAUGGACAGGGAGGACAGGACGGCUACGGGUAUCAAACCGACUACCCUCCCCAAGAAGAAGACGCUGCCAGUGAUGCUACUGAAGGACACGAUGAAGAUGAUCAAAUGUAUGAAGGGGAAUAUCAGGGUAUCCCACAUCCAGAUGAGGUCAAGGCUGCUCGGAGGGCGGCGAGAGCGAAAGCAAGGACCCCGACGGACACCGUGUCGGAACUCGAGGAGCUUGCCGAACAAUACGAGGACAUCAUGGAGGACUGUGGACAUGGGAAGUUCCAGUGGACCCUGUUUGUGGUGUUGGGUCUGGCGCUCAUGGCAGACAGUGUCGAGUGCUUUGUAGUGGCUUUGGUUCUACCCAGUGCUGAGAAAGACAUGUGUUUGUCCCACGCUGAGAAGGGAAUGCUGGGUUUGAUAGUGUUUCUGGGAAUGAUGUUCGGAGCGUUUAUUUGGGGUGGUCUGGCUGAUAAAGUAGGUCGACGGAAAUGUCUGAUCAUCGUCUUGGCCAUGAACUGCAUCUCUGCCUUCUUCUCCUCGUUCGCCCAGGGAUACGGUUUCUUCCUCUUCUUCAGGCUGUUUUCUGGAAUAGGGAUCGGUGGCUCCGUCCCAAUCGUGUACUCGUACUUCUCGGAAUUCCUGCAAAUGGAUAAGAGAGGAGAACAUCUCAGCUGGCUCUGCAUGUUUUGGAUGAUGGGUGGCAUCUACGCCUCCUUCACUGCAUGGGGCAUCAUUCCACGAUACGGCUGGGGUUUCAGUAUGGGCACAGAGUUCCAGUUCCACAGCUGGCGGGUGUUUGUGCUGGUUUGUGCUCUCCCAGCUAUAGCAGCUUUUGUUGGACUAAUGUUCAUGCCUGAGAGCCCACGCUUCCUGCUAGAGAAUGCUAAACAUGAUGAAGCCUGGAUGAUCCUUAAACAGGUUCAUGAUACCAACUGGAGAGCCAAAGGACAACCAGAAAAAGUCUUUACUGUAACUCAAAUCAGGACUCCAAAGACCCAAGAGGAUGAGUUCAUUGAGAUUCAGACUGCAACUGGAACUGCUUUCCAAAGAUGGGUGGUUCGAACUUUAACACUGACCAAGCUGGUCAUCAAAAAUGUUUUGUCUCUCUUUGGUCGUGAGCUAAGACUCGCUACUCUACUGAUGGCCAUCAUAUGGUUCACUAUGGCAUUUAGCUACUAUGGGCUUUCGGUAUGGUUUCCUGACAUGAUCAAACACCUCCAGCAUGAGGAAUAUGAAUCCAAAGUGAAAGUGUUCCAUCGGGAAAAGGUGGAGCAGUUUCAUUUCAACUUCUCUUUGGAAAACCAAGUACAUAAAGAAGGGGAAUACAUCAACGACAAGUUCAUCAACAUUGAGAUGAAGUCUGUGAAAUUUGAAGACUCCUUAUUUGUUGAUUGCUUCUUUGAAAACGUCCGAUCAACGGAAACGAUGUUUGAAAACUGCACCAUCCGCAGUACUGUUUUUUACGACACAGACUUGUAUGAAGAAAAGUUCAUUGACUGUACUAUGGAGAACGUCACUUUCCUCCACAACAAGAAGGGAUGCCAUUUAGACUACGAGGAGGACAACGACGUCCUCAUCUACUUGGUCAGCUUCUUGGGCAGCUUAGCCGUGUUGCCUGGAAAUAUUAUUUCGGCACUCUUCAUGGAUAAGAUUGGACGAAUCAAGAUUAUAGGUGGUUCGAUGCUUGUUUCUGCGGGAUGCACCUUUUUUCUGUUCUUGAGCUUCAGUCAAGCCGCCAUCAUUGCCUGGCAGUGUCUAUUUUAUGGUGUUAGCGUAGCAGCCUGGAAUGGCAUUCAGGUCAUCACUGUGGAACUCUACCCAGCUUCUAAAAGAGCCACAGCGUUCGGAUUCUUAAACGCCAUGUGUAAGCUGGCGGCCAUUCUGGGAAGCUCAAUCUUCGCCUCAUUCAUAGGCAUUACCAAAGUCAUCCCCAUUCUGCUGUCAUUCGCUGCUCUGGUCAGUGGCGGAGUGCUGGCCCUGAAACUGCCCGAGACCAGAGAGAAGGUCUUAAUGUGAAAAUCUGAAGCUCAAAGUGUAUGACUAUUAGUGUGAAGAUAACAACUGCUGGCAUGAGUAAAAUUGGGUGUGUUGAAAAAAAAGACUAAAUUACUAACAAUAUCCCAAGGACCAAAUGAUGGCUCUACCCCUAGUCAACUAUGUAUCCAUAUGCCUGAUAUUUCAUAUACAUGCCUAUUCGGGGACACAAAAAAACAUCUGGACCACUUACAUACAGUUGAAGACAAAAAUAUUAGCCCUUCUGUGAAUUUCUUUCCUUUUUCAAAUAGUUAUCAAAUGAUGUUUAACAGAGCAAGGAAUUUUUCACAGUAUUUCCGAUAAUUUUUUUUCUUCUGGAGAAAAUAUUUUUAUUUUUUAUUUUAGCAAGAAUAAUUUUUUUAAACCAUUUUAAGGUCAAUAUUAUUAGCUCCCUUAAGCAAUAUUUUUUCAAUUGCCAACAGAACAAAUUAUCAAUAUACAAUGACCUGCCUAAUUAUCCCAACUUGCCUAAUUAACCUAAUUAAGCCUUUAAAUUGCACUUUAAGCUGAAUACUAGCAUCUUGAAAAAUAUCUAGUAAAAUAUUAUUUACUGUCAUCAUGGCAAAGAUAAAAUAUAUCAGUUAUUAAAAAUGAGUUAUUAAAACUAUUAUGUCUAGAAAUGUGUCUUCUUUUCAUUAAACAGAAGGAGGACUUAUUAAAUAAUUCAGGAGGGCUAAUAAUCCUGACUUCAACUGUACAUAGAUUCAGAGAAAUCUAUAGAGCAAAACUCUUCAGUAUAAACAAAAAUAGUCACAAUUUUGUUUGGAUGGGGUAUCAAGAAUCAUGAAAGUCUCAAUCCUGUGCCAUUUCUUGAUUAAAAAAUCUAUAUAAAAUUCAGGUACUGUCGAAGAUUUUCUUUUUAUUUUAUUCUAUAGCUUGUAAUUUUGCUACCGUCUCACCCUCUGCCUUUGCUUAAGAAAUAUCCUCCGCUAAAAAAAAAGGUGUAUUUUUGUCCCUACUUUUUGUCAAGAGAUUGAUCUUAAUGUGUUGCUGUAUGUUCGGAUACUCAGUGGCGAAUGUGCACUUGUGCGGAAACCAUUAUGUGUGCUUCCUCCGUUAUGAUUAUUUAUUUAUUUGCUUUAUUAACUAUAAACUGGCGGAGAACCGUACGGGACUAGCCUCACUUUCCUUGCCUUUCACUAAAUGUGUGGUUUCUUAGAGUUCUCUCGCUCUCCUUCCAGUGCCCUUUUGUUUUGUUCAUUCGCAUCCUGAAAACGUCAGACGGUUUAAACACUUUGGACUUGAGCUUCACAGAGCCACAUAUCUGUACUUGUUGUUGACUGAGUUGCAUGUGUGUAAUUUACCAAGUAAAGUUUGUGUCUUUUAUCAAUGUGCUGUCUGGAUGAUCUACUGUAUGUCUCACUGCAAAUAAAACUGCUUAGACCAUA